AUGGGUUACCUGUCAACCAGCCAGGAUGAGCCUGAGAGCAUCCAGGACAGGAUCCAACAACCAGCACAGAGGGCAUCACUCACUGGGGGUCAAGGGGACCACAACAUCCCAACAGCAGAUGUUAACAUUUAAGUCUACAGGGAGAGAGAGCAGGACAUGAGGAUGCUUUUUUAGGUCACAUAUACAUUUCCACAUUGUUGAAGGCCACUUUCAUUGGGUAGGCCCAUACUAAGAAAUCAGAAAAUGACAUUCACAGAGAUCACAUUUAUGGUAAAACGCUGCAGAUGUCGACUAAAAAGGAAAUUGCUUUAGAUUCCGGCCACAGUCAAUACACAAUGUCCAGCCUCUUGGGCCUAGACAACCUAUAUAUACCCACAGAUUAAUAUUGAUCACAGGGACUUGGUUUGGCUAGAUGUUUCUCUUGUUGUAGGCUACUCUCAGUCGGUUACACUGUAGUCCUUAACUGCAGCCUGGUCUCAUAGACUAGACGUAACAUAGUAAAUGUAAAUCCGGGACACUCAAAUUAGUAUGAUAUAUUACGUUUGGUAUGGUUACUUAAUUCUUUAGAGUCUAAGACGUUGGGGGGUGGUGUUAAGCUGACAAAUUGAAUAGUUUUAAGAUGGUCAUACUAUGGUUCAUUUAGCUAUUUGAUUAUGAAUUUUAGGACCCCUUUAGGUAUAUAUAUAUAUAUAAAGACCAGGUUGACAGACAGGCUGACAAUACACCAAAGCUCCUGGGCCAAUUGGCCAUUCAGCAGCACUGAGGCCAUAGAUAUUUUGUGUAACCUGAUUCCUGGGCUUGCAGGACAGUUCUGGUGCUUACCAGCCAUAGCAGGGCAGCGUCACAGCUGCUAGCCCCCCUUUUUAGGCAGCAGCUACUGCAAACUUUACACAGCAGCUGAUUCGCAUGGUGGUUAAAUAUCUCUGGGGUUUGGCUGGCCUUUUCUGUGCUUGUUUUUGGAGGGUUUUAUUUUAUUUAUUAACUUUUAUUUAACCGGAAAGUGCCAUUGAGGUCAGAAUACCUUUUUCCCGAGGGAGACCUGGAAGUUUUCUGGGUAUAUUUAUAUUUUUUGGAGCAUAGAAAAUAAAAAAAAUGGAUAGGAAACUGAAUCUUAACCGAGCCGAGACUUUUUCCUUCAUCAACCCUUGGAUAAGGUACUUCCUGUUCUUCUUCAGCUUCUUGUUCUGGGUAAGUGGAGCCGCUCGGCUGAAGACCUCUAAUCACAUACUGUAACAAACAUAAGCCCUAAGCACCAGUGUUCUGGCUGUAGAUUAAUGUAAGCAACAGAAUGCUGCACCUCUAAAAACAGGGAAAUACACUCUCAAGCUAAAAGCUCAUGAAUUAAACAUGCAGAGAUAUAAUUCAGAAAGAUUACCUGGGCUGCAAACAGCAGGCAGAUGCUCCCUGUUUGGAUGAUUCACAGCUGUAACAUUUAGGCAUUCACAUCGACAUUAAAUCAAUCUGACACUUGUUGUGGGUAAAAAUUACUGUCUCAUUUCAAUGGUUCUUCAUGAACUUUGCACCGUUAAUUAAUACUCAAAACUUGCUACAAGUCUUUGGGUUGGUGUAAAAUGUACACUAAACUGUUAAAUGUGCUGAGGAAUGGUUAUUUAUUUUACAUGACCAAAAUUACACGUUUUUGUACUGUAGGCCUACAGUUAGCCUACAGUAUAAGCUAUUUAGCCUGUAUUGUAUUUAUUCAAUGAAGAGCUUGUGUGUUUAGUAAGUCUUGAACGCCAGUUUGUUAAAGAGCAUAUUUUCUGAUAAGCGCAUUGUGAUGUCGUCUAUAGGCCGAUUAUCUCUCAUACCAGGCACAGGGGCUGAAUGGCUGUCCUAAAGCCCACAUGACCAUGGCCAUGUUGUCAUUGUGAGUGUGUGGCCAUGCGGCAGAUAGACAGGGGGCUUGAUGAUGGUGCAUGGUGUUGAAGCCAUAGAGAUAACACUGGGUUUUAUCUCUAUGGGUGAAGCAGACAGCUGCAAUAAGAUAAAGGAUAGGACAGAGAUUAUGUGCUAGACGAGACACGAAAGCACUCAUGGGAUGGGAGUCGCAUUGAAGUUCCAUUGGCUCUUUGUGCAGGAACAAAUCCCAUCUGGAAUAUAUUGCAACCCAGCUCUAUCAAUCCUUCUUUAUCCAUGUCUAGACAGAGAACAGAGAGAUGCAGAGUGUGUUAUUGAACCGUCCAGGCCAGGGGACCGGUGGCAGCCAAACAUCACUGGGCUAGUUGUGUUUGUAUAUCUGAGACAGGCCCUUGGACUGCAGUGCUACAGCCUUUUGUUCCUGUCUCAUCCUCCUGGCCUGGCUCAGCUCAUCCAGGGGCUCAGCCCGCCCCAACACAAUCCACGACCGUUUCUCCCUGUUCAAAGCCUGGAAACAUAUCUGGAAUACUUUCACCAGUGUCCCUUAUUCCCAGCACAGACCAAUUGUAUACAAUAGCCAUGUUUCAGCCCACCAGCCAAGAGGGCAUCACAGGCAACCUAAGAGCAACAAUUACAGUAUUGAUUUAUUUGAUGACCUUGAAAACACUGGAGCUCCAAUCAAGCUGUUUUGUGUGUGGAUGUAAAUGGAAAAGUACACUGUUGCUAGGUCUUGCUCUCCAACCAAGGAGGUCAUGACAGCAACAAUUUUCAGGCGUUGAUGAUUCCAAGAUGGAAAGACAGCACACAACAGCAGGUAGCUUAGUGGUUAAGAGCGUUGUGCCAGUAACCGAAAGUUCACUGGUUCUAAUCCUUGAGCCGACUAGGUGAAAAAUCUGUCGAUGUGCCCUUGAGCAAGGCACUUAACCCUAAUUGCUCCUGUAAGUCGCUCUGGAUAAGAGCGUCUGCUAAAUGACUAAAAUGUAACAAACUAUUUAAACUGAUGUCCUUGGUGUGCAUAACCCACACAGAUCCUCCUCGCAAACAAACCAUACUAUCUAUCAAGCAAAUAUGUCUAUGAUUGUUAAUGGUCAAUGCAUGUCUCUAUUGCAAAAUAUAUUUUUUAUCUCAACGAGACAAACCUGUAUAAAUAAUGGUUAGAUUGUUUUGAUUUUUAAUUGUUCGUGCCAUGUGAGAAACCAUUUUUGUCUGUUUAAAUAGAUGGAUGGGCUUCCAUUUAGGAGUUUGUGCAAUUAAUGUCACAGAGACAUCCUUCUGGUGUACAAGCUCUCUUAGGACCACACACUAUUGACCAUCAGGAGGCCAAUCAGGGGGUCUGUAAAUAAAAGGCAAGUCAUGCAAAUGAUCAUUCAAGGUGAUAUAACAAUCAUGUAGGAAAAUUGAUUCUGACAACAUAACUCUUAACUCCUUCAGGGCUGUGCUUUUUGACAGAGUACACCUACUGACAAGGGCUAGCUCCAAGGACUCUAGCUCCAAGAUUAGGGUUGCCCAUACUCUGUCUGCCAGACGGUAAAAAAACAAACAGAAAUACAAUGAAGAGCUGGAACAACUCCUGUCUGAGAUGAGUUUGGCAAGGAUGAAACUACACAGCAAAAGCUGACAAAUGAACCAGACAAUUCCAAAAAUAAAUGGAGAGAGGAGAAUUGAAGGCACCGCUGGACUGAUGAUGAAUUGCCCGAAGCCCAGGGUUGAAAACGGCAACAACAAAAAAAACAACUACAACUAAAAAUACCAGCACUUUAAGGGCUCUAUUUAAUCUGUAAAGCUAAUUUCAGAUUGAGCCAACAUAUGCAGCGUUUAUCGUGAACGCAGUUGCCGCUAAAGCGGGAACAUUGCCUUUAAAUUUCAAUCACGCUGUAAAGUUGAACUUCCGUGAUGCAGCUUGAAUAGAGUUAAGUGUUCCCGAUAUACAAAAAUAGUUAUUACUAUUUUAAGGAGAUUAUAUGCAUAUCUGAUUUCUUGUCCUCUUUCAGGUCUUCUCCUUGCUGAUUGUUGCUAUAGGGGUAUAUGCAAAAGCUCAAAAAGCAACAGGUAUGACCCAUUUUAUUCUGCAUAUUCCAAGCCAUGAAUCUGCAUCUGAAAAUAUGAAUCAAUACCCGAAACGUUCUGCAAUCAUAAUUUCAUGACAUUUCUAUCAAAUAUGAAACUGUUAAUGAAUCACCAGUGGUGGUGCCCAGAAAGAUCCCCCAGCUCAAAGUAGGUUGUGUUAGUGGGUCACACCACACGGUUGUCUAUGUUCAUCUCUUGCAGACACUGUCAGAGACACGUUCCUGAUUGACCCUGCGAUCAUUCUGAUCGUGGUGGGCGUGGUCAUGUUCUUCAUCACCUUCUGUGGCUGCAUCGGAGCCCUGCGAGAAAACAUUCACCUUCUGAAGACGGUAAGACCAAGCUUUUCAUAUUCUACUCAGUCUUCAUCUCAACCCACCUUGACACAAUACAUGUGAAGACGGUACAGUAGGAAGAAGGUGCUCCUAAACGAUAUUCAGUACAACAACUUUUUCACUUGAUUGGAAAAUGUCAAAAGGUCAGGACUGGAAACAGCGCUUACAGUGCCUUGCAAAAGUAUUCACCCCCCUUGGCGUUUUUCCUAUUUUGUUGCAUUACAACCUGUAAUUUAAAUUGAUUUUUAUUUGGAUUUCAUGUAAUGGACAGUUCAAAUUGGUGAAGUGAAAGGAAAAAAGAACUUGUUUCAAAAAAUUCUAAAAAAUUAAUAACGGAGAAGUGGUGCAUAUGUAUUCACUCCCUUUGCUAUGAAGCCCCUAAAUAUGAUCUGGUGCAACCAAUUACCUUCAGAAGUCACAUAAUUAGUUAAAUAAAGUCCACCUGUGUGCAAUCUAAGUGUCACAUGAUCUGUCACAUGAUCUCAGUAUAUAUACACCUGUUCUGAAAGGCCCCAGAGUCUGCAACACCACUAAGCAAGGGGCACCACCAAGCAAGCGGCACCAUGAAGACCAAGGAGCUCUCCAAACAGGUCAGGGACAAAGUUGUGGAGAAGUACAGAAAAGGGUUGGGUUAUAAAAAUAUAUCAGAAACUUUGAACAUCCCACGGAGCACCAUUAAAUCCAUUAUUAAAAAAUGGAAAGAAUAUGGCACCACAACAAACCUGCCAAGAGAGGGCCGCGCACCAAAACUCACGGACCAGGCAAAGAGGGCAUUAAUCAGAGAGGCAACAAAGAGACCAAAGAUAACCCUGAAGGAGCUGCAAAGCUCCACAGCAGAGAUUGGUGUGUCUGUCCAUAGGACCACUUUAAGCAGUACACUCCACAGAGCUGGGCUUUACGGAAUAGUGGCCAGAAAAAAGCCAUUGCAUAAAGAAAAAAAUAAGCAAACACGUUUGGUGUUCGCCAAAAGGCAUGUGGGAGACUCCCCAAACAUAUGGAAGAAAGUACUCUGGUCAGAUGAGACUAAAAUUGAGCUUUUUGGCCAUCAAGGAAAAUGCUAUGUCUGACGCAAACCCAACACAUCUCAUCACCCCGAGAACACCAUCCCCAGUGAAGCAUGGUGGUGGCAGCAUCAUGCUGUGGGAAUGUUUUCCACCGGCAGGGACUGCGUAACUGAAGGAAUAAUGGAUGGAAAUUCUUGAGGGAAACCUGUUUCAGUCUUCCAGAGAUUUGAGACUGGGACGGAGGUUCACCUUCCAGCAGGACCAUGACCCUAAGCAUACUGCUAAAGCAACACUCAAGUGGUUUAAGGGGAAACAUUUAAAUGUCUUGGAAUGGCCUAGUCAAAGCCCAGACCUCAAUCCAAUUGAGAAUCUGUGGUAUGACUUAAAGAUUGCUGUACACCAGCGGAACCCAUCCAACUUGAAGGAGCUGGAGCAGUUUUGCCUUGAAGAAUGAGCAAAAAUCCCAGUGGCUAGAUGUGCCAAGCUUAUAGAGUCAUACCCGAAGAGACUUGCAGCUGUAAUUGCUGCAAAAGGUGGCUCUACAAAGUAUUGGCUUUGGGGGGGUGAAUAGUUAUGCACGCUCAAGUUGUCAGUUUUUUUGUCUCAUUUCUUGUUUGUUUCACCCCAAAAAAUAUUUUGCAUCUUCAAAGUGGUAGGCAUGUUGUGUAAAUAAAAUGAUACUAACCCUUAAUUUCCAGGUUAUAAGGCAACAAAAUAGGAAAAAUGCUAAGGGGGGUGAAUACUUUCGCAAGGCACUGUAUGGGCAACUCUGUACCUACCUGCCUCUGACAGAAUACCAUUUAUGUGGUACUCUGUAACGUCCAUGCCGUACCUCUCUAACCCACUGACUGUCAGCAUAUGUGUCUGCUCUCUUCUUCUCCAGUUCUCCUUCAGUCUGACACUGGUCUUCCUCACUCAGCUGGCCAUAGCUGUCCUUGGCUUCUUCUAUUCAGACCAGGUACUGUUUCUACACUGCCUGGGGUCCGGUACUGCGUCUACAGCCUGGUGUCUGUCUAGUUCCUACUGUCUUCGUGUCUGCACUCCCUCCGCUGCUAAACAGGGCAGUUUAACCACGCUCGCAGCAUCCUCUCCCCAUCCGCUAAAUGAUUCAAACGCUCUGCCACAUCAAAGUGGAACCAAAUGUUCAAUUUCAACAAGAUCUCUUCCAGGACGUUUGCCACUAAUGACAUUCGGGAGGUGUGCAGAGGCAUGCUGCAAGUGACAGACAGCAAGGGAGGGAGAGGGGAGGUAGGGGGAGAGGGGGGAGAUUCUCCAGGGGGACCGCAGGCUUAUUACCACUGUAAAGCAUAUGUUAUUACACCCUUCAUAGCACAUUAGGAGCCAGUGCUUCCAGCCCAAGGGCCCCCUACGUGAAGCCUUCUCAACAUGUCCCCUAGGGGCCAUUCCCAUAAUCAAACAAGCCGAUUUACAUGAAAAUAGUACUUUACAUACCUGUCCUCCUUCUGCUCUGUAACCCCAGACACGAGACGCUCUGGGAAAGUUCGUGAAUAAAGCCAUUGUGCACUACAGGGAUGACCUGGAUCUGCAGAACCUCAUGGACUACAUUCAGAGAGAGGUAAUCUAUUCCACUACAUUCAGAGAGAGGUAAUCUAUUCCACUACAUUCAGAGAGAGGUAAUCUAUUCCACCACAUUCAGAGAGAGGUAAUCUAUUCCACUACAUUCAGAGAGAGGUAAUCUAUUCCACUACAUUCCACACUAACAUACCAUGCUAUUUUCUCUUAAGUUAAACCACAUCACACCCGUGUUGAGUUCAUUCGAGCGAGACCCAAUGGGCACACAACGCCAUUUUGAAGUCUUUACAACUGACCUGUUCCCGUUGGGGAGGUUGAUUGAACAUGUCAGCACACCUAACCAGGACACCACACAGAGUGACCGCAGAUCAAAAGGUCCGUUACCCCAGCUUCAAUCAAACUUUCCACAUAAAAGACCCUGAGUAACAUGCUGUUCAAUGCAUCCUGCGUCUCCCCUCGCAUGUUCCUCCAUCUGCACAUACUGGCACACUUCGGCUGCUGGUGGGUCCUCCCAAGAGGAGGGGAAAGUGAGAGAAUGUACCAGACGAUGUUUCUAAUUAUACCUCUCUCUCGGUCUCUUUCUCUCAGUUCAAGUGCUGUGGCUGGAACAACUACACUGACUGGUCCUGGAACUUGUACUUCAACUGCACCCAGGGGAACCCCAGCUCUGAGCGCUGUGCUGUGCCUUACUCCUGCUGCACCCCCGUACCAGGAGAGGUGGGUGGGCGCCUCCAGCCACCUCAGAACAUACAUACAUACAUGCAUACAGUGGCUUCAGAAAGUAUUCAUAGCCCUUGACGUAUUCCACAUUUUGUUGUGUCACAGCCUGAAUUCAAAAUGAAUCUACACACAAUACCCCAUAUUGACCAAGUGAAAACAUGUUUUUAGAAAUGUUUGCCAAUUUAUUGAAACUGAACUACAGAAAUCUCAUUUACAUAAGUAUUCACACCCCUGAGUCAAUACAUGUUAGAAUCACCUUUGGCAGUGAUUACAGCUGUGAGUCUUUAUGGGUAAGUCUAAGAGCUUUGCACACCUGGAUUGUACAAUAUUUGCACAUAAUUUUUGUUUAAAUCUUUAAGCUCUCUCAAAUUGGUUGUUGAUCAUUGCUAGAACCUACCAGGUAUAACCCUAAAUCCGUAAACAUGAGCACCCUCAUAGAUAUCAUCCUGACUAAUUUACCCUCUAAAUACACCUCCGUUGUCUUCAACCAGGAUCUCAGCGAUCACUGCCUCAUUGCUUGCGUCCCUAAUGGGUCCGCUGUCAAAUGCUCCCUAAAACACUUCAGCGAGCAGGCCUUUCUAAUUGACCUGGCCCGGGUAUCCUGGAUGGAUACUGACCUCAUUCUGUCAGUAGAGGAUGCCUGGUUGUUCUUUAAAAGUUAUUUCCUCUCAAUCUUAAAUAAGCAUGCCCCAUUCAAAAAAUGCAGAACUAAGAACAGAUAUAGCCCCUGGGUCACCCCAGACUUGACUGCCCUUGACCAGCACAAAAACAUCCUGUGGCGUACUGCAUUAGCAUCGAACAGCCCCCGCAAUAUGCAACUUUUCAGGGAAGUCAGGAACCAAUAUACACAAUCAGUUAGGAAAGCAAAGGCUAGCUUUUUAAAACAGAAAUGUGCAUCCUGUAGCACUAACGCCAAAAAGUUUUGGGACACUGUAAAGUCCAUGGAGAAUAAGAGCACCUCCUCCCAGCUGCCCACUGCACUGAGGCUAGGAAACACUGUCACCACCGAUAAAUCUACGAUAAUCGAGAAUUUCAAUAAGCAUUUUGCUACGACUGGCCAUGCUUUCCACCUGGCUACCCCUACCCCGGCCACCAGCUCUGCACCCUCCGCUGCAACUUGCCCAUGCACAUUUUUACUCCUGAACGUAUUUAGGUUUGCCACAACAAAGGGGUUGAAUACUUACUGACUCAAGACAUUUCAGCUUUUCAUUUAAUUAAUUUGUAAAAAAUAUUUUAAAAAAACAUAAUUCCACUUUGACAUUAUGUGGAAUUAUGUGUAUUUUGAGGGUAUUUCUGAAGGCACUGUAUGUACAAUGUUAACCCGACAGCAACCUGGUUAAGGGGUUUGGAUCCCUUGGUGUAACAAUUACCUCGACUAACAUGUGCCCCCGCACAUUGACUCUGUACCGGUACCCCCUGUAUAUAGCCUCGCUACUGUUAUUUUACUGCUGCUCUUUAAUCAUUUGUUCUCUAUUUUUUACUUAACACUUAUUUUUCUUAAAACUGCAUUGUUGGUUAAGGGCUUGUAAGUAAGCAUUUCACUGUAAGGGUCUACACCUGUUGUAUUCGGCGCAUGUGACAAAUAACAUUUGAUUUGACAGUCGCUGGACCUGGGUUCGUGUCCCGGUAGGGGCUAAUCCCUGAAUUCGCAGCGUUGGUGUUUGAAGUGGGAUGGGUUAAGGUCACUAAACUUACAUAGAUAUAGACAUGCAUACACACACACACACUGGUCAUUAUGUAUCAUUGCUGACAUUAGCCUCAUUACUGGAAAGAAUGAAAACAUACUGUUAAAUGGAGAUCUACAGACAAAAGCAUAGACGAUUUCUCACUCUGGAUAGAAUUACACUGACCGUUUGCAACGCGUUCAGAAACCCAUUCACUAAACAUGAUAAGAACUGAGGUAGUGCUGCAAUCUGCUGCUCACAUGCUGUAACUGCAUGGUAAUUAUAACAGUUUAAUUAAUCACAAUUAAUUAAAGUAGAUGUAGUUCAUUAUAAUUCAAUCAUACGAUGUUAUUAUAAUGUAAAUUAUCUUUGUUUUGAGUCAACAGCGCAUCAUGAUUACUUAUGUAUGAUGUCUUAAUGUUAUUUUGUCUCUGCACAGGUUGUGAUCAACACCAUGUGUGGCUUUGGGGUCCAGACUCAGAACUACCUGGAUGCCACCAAGUCCAUCUAUCCAGUGGGUUGUGCAGACAGGGCGGUUCUGUGGAUUGAGUCCCACCUUCUGUUGGUGGGGGCUCUAGCUCUGGGUCUCUCCCUGCCUCAGGUAACCCAUACACAAGGGCUACAUACAGACGUGGAUUGGAGAACACCUCCUUCUCAUAGUGGGUCUGCAUACAACAGAAAUCAUGCACAGGCAGAUUUUAGAUUCAGGUUUGGAUGAUAUAAAACCCAACACUUGGUUAAAGCUCAACUGAGAUGGUGGCCUACUUUACCACAUCAUGUAAGCUAUUAUCCAUGCCUAUAUUCACUCACAUCCUGAGUGUGAGACGCUCAUGAAUCACAGCUCUAUAAUAGCCUUGAACAGCUUUCAAAAUGUGGGAUAAUUUAAGUUGGUGUUUAAUUAAGUUGUAUGACUCACCCCUUCUUGUCUGCUGGUACAGUAGUUAAUUUCACAGAGUGCUGUGUGCAGUUUGUACAGUCACUAAUGAAAGGGGCUGCUCAUACUCUCUCUCUCUCAUCUGCUCUCUCACGUCUGCCACUCCUCUCUCCCACUACCGUCUCUCCAUCUGUCCCCUUUUCUCUCUAUCCCUCUCCCUCGCUCUGAUAUACCACUGAUUUGGUCUCCUCCGAGAGGGAAGUGUGUAAAUUACCCACGAGUCACGUCAAAACAAUUGCAUUACAAUUCCAACAGCUUUGAUGUGGUGUCGUUUUCAAGAGCAGGAUUCACUCCGUACUUUCCUUGUCUCUUCGUUUAUUUCACUGUUGUACACAUUACCCCAUCGUGUGAUCACUGGCACGAAAAGCUCCUAUUGAUGCAUGUUAGAGCAAACACAAUGUGUUAAGUUCAAAGAAUAACUAUCAGACUCUCCAGUCUGUUUUCAUCGAGACGUUAGAUGAAAUUUGCAAAGAAAUAGAAUUGUAUCCACUGUACAUGGUAAAGCCAUACAAGCUUUGACCUUCAGAGACUGUUCUUAGGAAGCCGUAUUAAGCUUUUCUUAAGAGUCUUCCUUCAGUAAGUGAGUGGCUGUUGGAGUGAGUUAAGGCUAAGACCCAAAUGGCACCCUAUUCAAUAUACAGGGCUCUGGACAAAACUAGACAGAGUGUGUUCUUGUCUCUGUCAGAUUGCAGGCAUUGUGCUCUCCCAGAUCCUCAUCUCUCAAAUCCAGGAUGAGAUCAACUCAAUGUUGUGA